GAGGCAGUUGGAUGUUUGUCAGCUGUCGGGGUGUUUAUUAUCUUGAUGCUGCUCCUUUUUCUCUAUAUUAAUAAGAAGUUCUGUUUUGAAAAUGUUGGCGGGUUUCCAGAUCUUGGCUCAGGAUACAGUACAAGGAAGAAUUCACAAGAUAAAAUGUAUAAUUCAUAUCUGGACCAAGAUGAGCAUGGUUCAUCCUCUGAAAGUGAAGAUGAAGCCCUGGGAAAAUAUCAUGAGGCCUUGUCCAGAACACAUAAUUCCAGACUGCCAAUGGCAGAUUCCAGACAAAAGAACUAUACUUGGGAAACAAGACAAAAGUACAGUCCUCUGUCUGCAGAGUAUGAUGGGUACAGUAGUGAAGCGUCAAUAGACGAAGGAAACUGCAUUCAGAGAAUGAGAAGAACACCUCCACUGGAUGAACUGCAGCCACCUCCGUGUCAGGAUGACAGUGGUUCUCCCCACCUCUCAUGUACACCCUCAGAACUCGGGGACAGUAAACGUGAAUAUUCCCACUGCAGCAACAGCCCAAGAUGCUCCUAUGGCAAGUGUCCGAGUGAAGGAAGCACAGGUCACGAAAUAGAAAGUUUUCAUAACAAAGGAUAUGAAGAAGAUGUGCCGAGUGACAGCACGGCAGUCCUGAGCCCGGAAGAUAUGUCAGCACAAGGAUCAUCUUCGCAGCUUCCUAAACCUUUUGAUCCCGAGCCAGAAGCUAAAUAUGGCACACUGGAUGUGACUUUUGACUAUGACUCACAAGAACAGAAGCUUCUGGUAACAGUGACAGCUGUCACCGACAUCCCGACAUACACCAGGACAGGUGGCAACUCGUGGCAAGUACACCUUGUUCUUCUACCUAUAAAGAAACAGAGAGCAAAAACAAGCAUCCAGAGAGGACCGUGCCCCGUCUUCACAGAAACAUUCAAAUUUAAUCACGUCGAAUCUGAGAUGAUUGGAAAUUAUGCAGUUCGGUUCAGACUGUAUGGUGUACAUCGCAUGAAAAAAGAAAAAAUUGUGGGGGAAAAGAUUUUUUAUUUAACAAAAUUGAAUCUUCAAGGGAAAAUGUCAUUACCCGUGAUUCUGGAGCCUUCUUACAAUCAUUCUGGCUGCGACUCCCAGAUGAGCAUGUCAGAAAUGUCCUGCGGUGAAAGCGCAUCCUCCUGUCAGUCCCUGGAGCCCGGCGCAGUUCCGGAAAUCCUCGUCGGCCUGCUGUAUAACGCCACAACUGGAAGACUAUCUGCAGAAGUGAUCAAAGGAAGCCACUUCAAACACCUGGCAGCAAACAGACCACCCAAUGGACUGUUCUGUUGUCUUAAACACUUGAUAGGUGGACAGGUUUAUAUAAUCCGAGAUACAUAUGUUAAGUUAACUCUACUGAAUUCCAUGGGCCAGGAGAUGUCCAAAUGCAAGACCUCCCUCCGCAGAGGGCAGCCAAAUCCAGUGUACAAGGAAACCUUUGUCUUCCAAGUGGCCCUGUUUCAACUUUCUGAUGUGACACUCAUUCUCUCUGUGUAUAACAAACGCAGCAUGAAGAGAAAAGAGAUGAUAGGCUGGAUUUCUCUAGGUCUGAACAGCUCUGGAGAAGAAGAACUCCAUCACUGGACUGACAUGAAGGAGUCCAAAGGACAGCAAGUCUGUCGGUGGCAUGCGCUGUUAGAGUCGUGAUGAACAGGAGAACGGCACAGUCUCCAUCCACGGCAGCAGCAUCUCGGGUUACAACACCACCGUUUUUAUCUAGCAACCGUUUCCAGACCCCUCCCUUACAGAAUCAGAGUCCACAUUCUACAAAAUGCUUUUCAUUCUGUGGAAAGCACAGCAGUGCUUGCACUCAUGCAGAAAAGAUAUGUCUGAUAGAGCUUCCUGGGGAAAAAAAAGAAUCAGAAACUUUUAUCAUCGUUAAAUUCAUCAUCCCCGAGAGAUCUAAUAACAUGCUUUUGAAGUUUAGUUUACUUUCGCAGAAGAGCCUGUAAUUUCAUUAAAAAAUCAAAAUUAUAAGUGACUAAAAAGAUUCAUAAGUGUAGUUGUAGCCCUCCUCUAGAACCAUUCUCCCCAUUCCAUAAAACAUGUGUUUACUGGCCAGUCCCUGAUGUUUAUAAUCUUCUUUAAUACGAGAAAGUAGCCCUCCAGUUCCACAUAAGUCGCAAGGAUUGCAAGCACCUUGAAAAUUGUUUCACGCAAACUAUUCCUCCUUCCAUCCUCUGAGGUUCAGUGGGGCUCUGCUCGUCAUAGUAGCGCCAAGUCUAAGUGCACGCAAGUAUUCAUUUCCAUAAAGAAAUUGUUUCCAGUUAUCAGUGAAAUUCCGUUCUUUAUUUGCCUCUGCUAUUGCCUGAUCCAAAGAGACCAAGUCCCUGCACUGGUCCCUUGGGAGUCUUUCAGACAGGUUGUCCUGUAGAACUAUGUAGCUUUCUGUUGAAAGCACUUCCUGUAUCCCUGUAUUCCAAUGUGGGAAGCUAAUCCAGCAGGACUUUAUGCUUUCUUUCCAGGACUGACUCUUUUAAACUGCGGUGAAUUAAAAAUGUUUGGGUUUUUUGUU